UAAUAGAUGCCAAAACGGCACUACGCUGGCACGAGGUGAACCGAUCCUCGCGACGCGGGACGUAAUCGUCGAAUGCGGACGAGUGGAAACCGAGGAAAACCGCUGGACCGCGUGGUUGCAUGUAGAUCGCGAGGAAGAGAGGGAGGAGGAGGAGAAGAAGGAGGAAGAGAACGACGACGAGAUUCGCUAGCGGAUCGCGGACAAGUAGACUGAACGGCAGUGCAUUUUCAUCGCACAACAGGGGGUAGCGGGUGCCACCACGGGGGCGGGGGUGGGCUUGCCCCUGCUUCUUCUCGUUGUUGCUCUCUUCGACGAUCUAACGCGCGCGACAACGGCCGCGCCGGUGACAAGCCAGCCGCUGGACAGCCUCCAUCCAGCUGACGCCACCGCAUCUAUUCAUCUGCCGUCGCGAACGUCCGAUCAGCCGUUCGUGUCGCGCCUCUUUCGCAGGACGAUUCGGAAGUGCGCGUCCAAUCUUAACGAAAUCAGUUCCGAAGGUCAAGCGAAUCGGAAAAUUCUGGAUCAUCUUACUACGCUGACGACGCGUCUUUCCUCUUGGUCCGCGCCGCCGUUAUUGUUGACGUCGUCUCUAUCAUUAACAUCGCCGCUAUCGUCGUCGUCGUCGUCGUUGUCAUCGUCGCCAUUAUCGUCUCCGUCAUUAUCGAGUGCGCCGUUGAAUAUUGUCAUUGUGAAACAUCGAGAUCACUCAGCUCUGACACCGGAUCGUGACGACGAGGAUGAAGAGAUUGCAGCGCGACGAGGAAGAGCUAAACGAGUACCAAUCAGCAAGAAGCUGAAAGAUCGAUCUUCUCCGAACUUCAUCAAUUCCUGGCCGGAGGCAUGGCGGCGCAUUGACCAACACUCUCUACAAUCUCGCAAACUGGAAUCCGCACCGCCCGUCGACGAUAGCUUUCGCCCAACUGUCCAAGCUAUCGCUCCGUUGUUAGAGCCCGUCUUCAAGUUCGGAGAAUCGAUAUUGCGUCCAGAGAAUUCUCUGCGGGAUAUCCUACUUCACGAGAGCGCUUGGAAAACAACGGCGACAACGACAACGGCGGUGGCAACGAGAACGACCACGCGGGAUAUCGCGUAUCUCGGUGUUACUCGACUAACCGGAAACACCAAGAAAGAUGACGUCGGGGGAGUGACUGCUGAGGACGAGGUGAAGAAUGGUAAUAAUAGCGGAAGAGAGUUGAUGCUCGUGGGGAAUAAAGAUAAUGGUGCGGUCGUAGUUGGUGGUGAUAGUGUCAUCGAGUGGACUACGACGACAGUCGCCGGGCCGAUGUCAUCGUCGCGGUUGGCGUUCUCCAGAGACGAUGUGCAGGUGGCCGAGCGUGUAAGAGUGCGCGCGAAUUCCGAGCGAAACUCACCGAAGAACGAAGAUAGCGACGAGGAGCAGGUCAAGGUAACCGUCGCGCACGACGUCGAAGAUUCGUACGUAUCGUCGACGACGACGACGACGACGACGCAGCAACGUCCACCACUGACUCAAGACACCUCUAUGGAAGCACUGAGUGCGAGCGGCUAUAUCGUCUCGGCGGCGCUCGUGCUGAUAGUUGGAGCACUGGUGGGUGUCCUGGCGACGAUAUCGCGUCAUCUUCAUCAUCGUCGGCUGAUGGUGCACGAGCCGGUCCCACCCGGCUCCGUUUCCUCCUCUUCCGCUUCGAUUCUUCAUUAUCAUCAUCGGCAUCACCAUCAUCGUCACCGACAUCGUCGCGCCGAGCCACCGCCGCCGCCGUUACAGCGUUGUCUUCUGCUUCAGGAUCAUUGCCAUCAUCCUGAUACACCGAUGCUGUCGGUGAGCCAAGGAAUGGGGGUCGGCAGCAGCGGACGCGGCGCAUCGGCGGGAGAUGACCCAACCGCUGGUGCGGCGGGCGGUAGAGGCGGUGGCGGGGGCGGCGGCGAUUCCAGGAGACGUCGCGACAUACAGGAGGUGAUGAUCGCCGCGGCGAGAGAUCGCGCGAUCCGCGCGGACAGCGUCCGGCAGGAUCUCGCUCUCAAUCUACCGCCGCGACUCGAACUCCCGGACGGCGAGGAACACCCAUACGGGGCGCACUCGGAUCUUCAUCUCCGCAACCCGGAACAGGAGAGCGAGAUCUACCAAAAGUGCGUGCGAGCACCUCCAAAUCGCACAGUGUUUGACAGCGAGAGUCCGCCGCCUUAUCGGACCCCACCGCUUAAUAGCAGCCAGCACAUCCAUACGGGGUUGCUCGAACUGCCCGGCGAUCGGAUAUCGCGAAGUCAGAGCCCCAGCAGCAGCAAUUUAUUGCUGAAUACUGCUCGCUCAAUGUUCAAGAUGUUCCCGAGCCAUACGACGCCGUCAUCGACGUCGGUGCCGGUCAACAAACCGCCCUUUUCCAGUUAUUCCGAGUCCAAUAGUAACGUGAGCAGUAAUCUGAGCAGUAGCAAUCUGUCCAACAUCACCGUGGUGCCCUGCGAGACCGAUGAGAGCCGGCAAGAACAGCAACAGCAGCAACAACAACAUCAGCAGCAACAAGUCCAUCAGAAGGUCUGAUCCGCGGUGUCCUCCUUCUUCGAUGCCAUUGUCGUCAUUGUCGCAGUCGUAUCGUCCGAUUCCAAGAACGAGGAAUGGUUUUCAAGAUCGUUCUGUGCGACUGCAACGACAACGACGAUGCCCUUCAAGACUGAUUAUCGGAAGAAACGUCAACAAAGAAUAGAUCCCAUCGGUCGUUCCAUCAAAUUCAGCAACGAAUAUUGCAUAUACGUGAAAGAAGAUAUCAUCCCGGCCGAUGGUAUCCACGUUGAAUCGUUCUUCCGGCGUUCUUCUAUAAAGAAAUAGAAAAAAAAAGAAAGAAAGAGAGAGAGAGAGAGGGUCGUCCGUUCGUGGCCUAAAGGAGGGCCGGCGGAAAUAUAGAAUAGUCGGCUCCUGAUAUGGCGACUGAAGAGUCAAAUCAGUCAUAUCAAGACUGCGCUCAAUCGCCGUGCGUUGAUUCACGCCUUUGUUCUCUUUGUCUUUUCCAUUGUGAGAAUCGAUGCGCCGCCACCGUCUUCGUCGCCGACGCAUCUCAUUGUGCAAUUCCACAUGCGGCCAGUGUCUAGCCUAGAUCUCAGAUUAUUCCAAAGCAGUGGCACGAAGAUUACAAUAUUGCUUCGAGCGUCGGCAUCAGAGGAGGAGCGAAAGAAGAAGCGCAAGACGAGUGAGGGAGGCGAUCGAAAAUUAGCGUGGAAAACGGGGUGUCAUCAACGCGCGACGCAAAGCGAUGGCCUAUCCUGGGACAAGAAGCUCCCCUGUCCAGGAAUUACAUGGCGAGAAGCUUCGCUUCGAGAAGACAUGAGUUUAGCGACUCGCAUCUAUAUGGACUCGGCAACGAAGCGGAUCCGCCGGAUAACCCUCUUCCAGCUCUCGACGGAGGCUCGACAUCGCGGAAGUUUGUUCAUCGCGCACGACAAAGACUUAGUAAAUUAUUUAUUGCCGAUAUAUAACAUUUUAUUCGUGACGGGCGGCUGCUGCGCGACGGCCGGACGGUGCGGUUUCAUGCGAUGGUGAUUGUGGAGAAGAAAAGAAGAGGAAAAAAACGCACGGACGGGACACGAGUUAUUGUAUGAUCGUUUGUUGCGUGAGUGCGAGACCAGGCGUGCGUACGAGUAAAUGCAAGCGCGCGUGUGCGGAACGAGUAGAACGAAAAACGCGCAAGAGGCGCGGCUAAUUGCAGGGUCGAGAAAAAAAAAAGGAAGAAAGAAAGAAAAAGAACGGACUCGUGCGCGCGCGUGUUUCUGUAUGCGUGUAAGGAGCUAUAGGGGGAUAAUGUAGUGCCAAGAGUGAAAACGGAAACUCUGUACAUAUUAGGCUAGGUAGUUCAAUAUCAAUAUACUUAUUACGACUAAAAAAAUGAUAUGCUACAUACCGAUUUAAAAGUAAAACAUCAAACAUACGUUACAACACGCAUACCAAUAAAAAUGCGACAUGGCCAGCAGUACGAAACCGUAACGGGACGCGCACACGUCUCAGACUAUAUAUCUUUCUGGCAUGUAUAUUCUUUAAAUCGUCGAAUAUAUUCUACCUCGACUGCUAUAUAUUUUGUAAUCGACAAUGUUGAGAUUCCGGUUGACGUUAAUAAAGGAAUUUAUUAAUUUAUUUUUGAUUUUAAUGAUGCUUUGUUUAUAUUGCUGUGUCCGCGUCAAAUCGAUAUAUCUGUGUAGUGUGUAGUUUAGAGAAAAAAAAAUAAGAAAAAAUGUAAUUUGUUAUUGCAUUAUAUCUAUUUGACGCGAAUAGCAACAAAUAAAUGCGCAAGCUCUUAUCAUGAAACAAGAUUUAUGAAAUUCAUCACAACUGAAAUGUAGAAAAGGAUAAAAAUUGUUCUUUUAAUUUUUUUUUUCUUUAAUUUAAAAUCAUAGUUUAAUAUGAGGAGAUGAAGUAUAAAUGAUUCCAUGCCAGAUAUUAUCUAUAGCAGCAUUUUUUUCUAUUUUUUUCUAGGUUAUCGAUGUAAGAUAAUCGAUAAAUGUAAGAGAGAAAGAGAGAGAAUAAUAAAUUAAUAAUCAAUCAUAGCAUAUUCAAGUAUCGAGGAAGAAUUAAACGAUUGUUUUUUAUUUGAUAAAUAUUUAUUUUGCAGACAGACUAAUUACAUUCAACGUAUAUGGCGUAUAUAAAAAUAAAUAAUAAUAAAUCGAUCAGAAUGUGCGUCCCCUUUGUGUUUCGAAUGGCUUGGACUGUGUCCGACACAACACUAUCUUUAUUAUUAUUCAAAUAGAUAAGGCCUCAGUUUUGACAAAAUAAGACGAGUUCUGUUCGGACGAGGAUUCGAGCUCGAUGAUGCGUUUUAUAUCUCGCUUUGCAGUCUAAUAAAUAAAACCGCACUGAGAUUUCAGUAUAAUUUACUCUAACAAAUAUGAUAGAUUUCCAUUUUUAUAGAUUUAUAGAUUUAUCAAUGGCUUAUAUAUCUAUAAUGAACUAUUGCAAAUUAAUACAACUUGAUUCAGGAUUAUUUUUAAGACAUCAUCGAUAUCUCAUAUUGUCGAGAAAUGUAUUUAAUUUUCGAGAUCGAAGUACACAUCGAUUCGUGCGGAAAAGACAAAAAAGCAAAAACGCCUCGUUAAUUUCGAAUCUCAGUUUCGAGACAGAGCGAAUCAUUCGAUUAUUUCACAUGAGAAGUCAUCAAUUAUUAUUAUAUUUCUUAAGAGUCCGCGACGCAGGGAGAAAUUGCAAUGAAAUUAUACAUUUCCCUUUGUGAUUACGGAUCGUGCGUGGCAUACGAGGAAUGUCUGAGAUAGCAGCAAAAGAUGCCACGCGCGUAAAGCCGGAUAUCAACUCUCGUGUGCACUUCGUUGGCGUGAAUAAUUUCGCGAGCUUCCGCUUCGUUUCCGAGGGAAUGCCGAACUGGGUUGGCGCCCUUAGAUCUCGGGAUUUUGGAUUCUAGUUAAGCGCACAAAAUUCUCAUCACUCAUGAGUAUACACGCCGCGUGAUUUCAUCAAAUCGCUCGACACACAAACUCAAAUUAUCGUUAAAUAAAUUCUCUUCUUAAGCGAGAAGGAAAAUUGAAAUUGUAAAUUGUAAUUUUCGAGAGAGUGUCCGGGCAAAUGUGUGCGCACGGCGACGUUGUUUCGUUUCAUAUUCAUUGGUCGUUGUGUCGCGAAUCGAAGGAGAAAAUAUAUCGUCUUUCUGUUUCACCUUUAAAAUGUGUUCACACGCGCAUGCAAUAUUAGAUGACGAGAUUUAAUCGUAUUUUAUUCGUAAAGAAAUUAGAGCGCGUGCGGAUCGAAGCGAUCGAGAAGGAAUAUCGGAAAGAAUGUCUGAUAUCUCUUUUUUUUUGUUUUUUUUUUUUUUUUCGAAUUCACUUCCAUAUUGCUCUUUCUCUUUUCGUUUCCUCUCCUCGCUCACUACCCUCUCGUUUUCUCGCAUACGCGCAUUCGUUUCUUCAAUACGUAAUAGGAAAAAUGAAUGUAUUUGUAUAUGUGCGUUUGAGAGACAGAGAGAUUACGGACGAGCGUAAGAGACGGAAGGAGAGGGCAUAAUGGGAGCAGAAUUCAAGAAAAAUGUUGUAUAAUUCGAUGGGUCCUGUGCAAGUUUUGGUUAAAUGCGAAGAUUUGGUUAAAUUGCGACGUCGUCGAUUAUAGAUUGAAUUUAAAAAACGACGACGCGAGCGCGAGAUAUUUUAGACGAUAAGUUCUAGGCGAAAUGAAAUUUUUAGCGAACUAUUAUCGAUUACUAUUAUCGCUAUCGGACAUCGUGAUAUAUCUAGCAAUUUGUUAAUUGGGAUUUUGAGAGGUGCGAGACGUAUGAGUAUAAUCGUGGCCUUUCGACACGAAAGAGAGAGAGAGAGAGAGAGAGAGAGAGAGAGAGAGAGAGAGAGAGAAAGACAAAGAAAGAAAGAGAAAAGAGAGAGCGGCAAAAGCGGUCUGAGAUGAAAUAUUCUUUUCUAUCUCUGUCCGAAUCCACAGCUCAACCAUCGAGAUCGCUAUAUUAAACGAUUUGAAAGCAAAAAUUGUAUCUUACAUAGAGUUUAAUUGUUUAACAAAGUUGCUAAAGUUUAUUAGACUAUCAAUCAAAUCUCUUUUACAACGCUCGAACAAAGAGAAAUAUAAUUCUUUAAUUAAUACGAUUUAAAUCAGACGUUAUUUGUUAUCGUUAUCGAGCAAAUUUCAUAAAUAACUUAUCGAAUACAUGCACUUUCAGCGUCGCGCGAAUAAAAUUCCAUUCUUAGCGAUCUCAUUGCAACGCGAAGCGCUGGCUUGAUCAUGACAUAUCGUCGCGAUGAGUGACGUCAGCAAACUCCACGGCGAAUUAUAAUCGCGAUGCUUCAAAGUUCAUCAUAAAACACAAACAAGAAAGUGAUAAAGUAUCAGAAACGCAUGAAAAUGGAGAUAACUACCGAAUUAGAUCAAUCAUGAAGAAUAAAAUCAAAGGUACUUUUGUAAAAUCGAUUAAGUUUUUAUUUUGUUUAAAUGCGUAAAAAGUUAGAAUAUAAAUGUAUGAAUAUGUUUUGACAAUUGGUAGUGCUUCAAAAAUUUUCUUAUUUUUUUCUCAACUUUAAGAGUCAACCGUUUUUAAUUAUUAAAACGUUAUUUCGCGCGUUUUCACCUUGAUUUUCCAUCGUUCGAACAAGUUAUCAAAGUGAUAAACGAUCGAGCAAUGCAUAAUUCUCGUGAAGUCAGGAUCGAGAAAUGCGUGAUCAAGCCGGCAAUUACCGAUUAAUCUAGUCACGUUGGGCCGUGCGUCCGGUCGGGGAACGAUCGUGUCCGCCGAUCCACACCGUUUCAGAUAACGCAGCCUUUAUCGGCGAGUUUAACGGGGAGGAAAGAGAUAAAGGCUCUCUCUCUCUCUCUCUCUCUUACAAUUAGGCGUAAUGUGAUUUCCCAAGGUGUUCCAAAAUAACUCGCGUCCUCCCUCCGGCGAAAUUGCGACGCGGAGCGGAGCGGUUGCAAGCGGGAGGGGGGGAUCGAAAGAGGUCCCCCCUCUUUUAAAGCUUUUGUUUCUAAGUUGUAUAAUUAUAAUUGUACUGUUGAUAAGAUCGGUAUGUCUAGUCCCUCGCGGUGGAAGGGAGAUCGAGAGCUUCGUCAUUGUCCCUCUCGCGAAAUCCAUCCCCCUAAGUCUUUCGACCAAUUGAUCCUAAUUUUUUUCCCUUACCUCUUCCUCCCCUUAAAUCAUCCGUGACGUUGAGUCCGUUCGAUUGACACGAUUAGCGAUUUCGCGUCCAUCAAUCGGUCUGCGAAUCUACGCAAAAAAAAAGCAUGUUUCCAUCAUUAUCACAUGUCGACGUUUUUUGAUAUUUUAAUAACACCGAAGAAAUCUUGCAUUUUUGCGACAUACGACGAAUCUCUGGAAUUAUUCGAUUGAUGGGUGCAAAAGUGAAAAUCGUAUCGAACAAACGAAAACAACAUCGGGGAUGGUGUCUCGUCAUUGUUCGUAGGUGCGUUGCGUCCUACAAUCAGCCCUCCUCCAGUUGCCUGCUGAUAAAGGGAGCCCGUAACGUGCGAUUCUUUUUUUUUUAUAUGGUUUAAUUGUUCUAUACUCGCAAAAAAAUGUAAGGAAUCGAUGAAUCGCACGUGACGAGCUCCCCUUAUGAGUGCAAAAGUUAUGCGAGAGAGAAAGAUCGUGUUGCGGAGAAGUGUGGACGAAGGCAGAAAUAAAAGACAGAACUUGUCGCCAAGUUUCGACAAGUUCAAACAACAAAAUUGUGGCAAUGCGCGAGUGCGGGCGAGACUGAGUGACAACUGAGAGAAAUAAGAGAGAAAGAGAUAGCGGAAAUCAGGACUCCUUUUCUUUCAAAGUAAUCGAUCGAUGUCGUAGGAACAGUGUCGUUUAAAGUAGUAGAUCGCUUCUACCGAGAGUAACACGAAAGAAAAUCAAGAUACAAAGUAAAAAAAAAAAAAAAUCUCAUCUCUAAGGGAAUAAAAAAAGUUUGCGUGGUUCGUCGCGAAAAGCAAAGAGAGAAAGAAAGAAGAAGAGAUACAGGCAGAAAGAGAGCAAAAAGGAAAGAUCGCGCGAAUUCGUGCCGCACUCGGAGAGAGGCGCGUCGCGUUUGCGAAAUUAUAAAUUUCGAAUGCGAGUCACGUUUGUUCGAGCGCGCCAUGGCGGGAUGUGAGAAUGAGAGAGAGAGAGAGAGAGAGAGAGAGACAUGAAAGGAAAUUCUUUUUAUACACUAUAGAGAGUCGUACCACACUAUCACAUAGGGAAAAAAAGAAAAAAAAGACAUAUUCGUUGUUCAUUGCUCUGGCUUGCUAGGAAAAAAAAAAAGAAAAGCAAACGAUGUAACACACGACGGGUCGACGGGGAGGAUGUUCGGGGAUCUUGACGAGGAGUUUAAUGAAGAUCGAAAGUCGUCCCUCCCGAACAAUCCUCCCCGCCUUGCCUCCAUAUAAAUCGGCAACACUUCGACAUUGCAAGAUUAUUGGUGUACUUAUCACGCAGUUUUCUACAAAAUAAAGAAAACGGUUUUGACAAAAAAAAAAAAAAAAAUGAAAAACCAGAUGUA